GUAAAUUGAACAAUUAGGAAAUUUAAUUAUUGUUUAAUUUUAAUAAAAAUGAAUUAUUAAAGUGAUUUUUUUUUCCUAGUUCAACUAUGAGCUCUCUUCAAUAUGUUUGCUUAAUUUAUAUAAGAGAUAAUUUAAAUGCAAUAAAAGAAUAUUUCAGAAAUAAAAAUAUAAGUGAAAGAAGUCUCUUCGAAAGAUUACCGCCUAUUUUAUGCGAAUUUAUGAUUAACAUGUGCUCAUGGACAUUCGAUCGUUCAACUUUUUCUUGCCUGUUUCGAAAUGGUAUAAAAGAAAUAAGCAUUUCUUCUCACAAUCAACCUCUCCCAAUUGAAAAUAAGGAAAAAGUUUUUAGUAAAAUUGUAUGCAUGCGUUUAACAUUUACUACAAUCGAAUCCGAACAUUUGUAUAAAUUAAUGAGUUAUCUUACCGGAGUAGUUAUUUUGAAUUUACGUAGAACUCAAACAAAUGACGAAGUGUUGGAGGUGAUAGGAAAAACAUGCCUUUUAUUGGAAAAGCUUGAUGUUUCAUCUUGUCCAAUUUCAGAUAAAGGAAUUAUUUCACUCUGCCACGGAUCUUCCAACAUCCAGAAAAUCCGUUGCCAAAAUUUGAAAGUCUUAGAUGUCCAUCGCACUGCAGUUACCUCGGAAGGAUUAGCUUAUGUACUAAAAUAUCUUCCUCUUUUAACAGUAUUUGCAGAGAAAAACGUUCAAUUAAAUAUGAUUUACACUUUCGUCAGAUUCAAUUUUGAUAAAAAGUUGAAGAUUAGAAACGUAUGUCUAUCACCAGCACCUUAUACGUUCGAUAUUUUAGAGGUUUUAUUAGCAGUUCCUAAUAUCACAUCACUGUGUCUUUAUAAAAUUUCCAUUUCUGAUGCCGAUUUCAUUAGUCUACCUAAAUUUAAAAGUUUACAAAGUUUGUCUUUGAGUGUGAAUAAACACGAUAGAAUGUUGACAUUUGAAGGAGUAAUAGGAUUUCUUUUAAUAUCUGGAAAAAAUCUGAAAAUAUUGAAGUUAAAUAACUUUGAAUACGUUAAUUUAUUCUUAAUUGGAUGUUUGUGCAAAGAACUUCAAUGCCUUUAUCUCUAUUCGAUUCGCCAUCUUUAUUUUAGAAAAGAUAAAUUAGAAGAUCAGCAAACUGUACUUUUCAAGAAUUUAGAAUUUAUGCAAAUUGAAAACUUACGCGGAAAUGCAUGGGAAGGUUGCUAUUCAUCUUAUUUUACUCAUUGUCCAAUGCUUAAAAUAUUAACUUUAGUAUCAGUAACGAAUACAGAUGUAAUACAGAUUGCUCCCUUUUUGGAAAGAGUGGAAUGUAUAAUUUUGCUUUUUGUUGAUGACAUUACUACCUGCUCAAUAUUCUACAUUAUAGAAAACCAAUUUUAUCUUCGCAAUUUGUUUAUAUUCACUAGAGAGAAUGUAAUCAACGAAAGAGACAUUCAACAAAUUACGAAUUACAUAAGAGAUAACAAUAUACCACUCAAAUUUGCUUAUUGGCCAGGAGAAAAUAUGAAUUUAGCUGAAUCCGAAGAUGUAUACAGCGUUAAUUUGGAUGAAAUGCUUAUUCAUUGAUGUACCGUAUAAACUUUUUUUAUUUUUUUCAUAAAUUUUCAAAAUCGUAGAGUUUUGGUGUUUUAUUUUUAAUUUA